AUGCCCAAUGGCGGAAUGCAGUACGGCAUGCCAGCGUCCUAUGGCUCUGUGCAUUCCUCUGCCAGCGCUGCUGCCGCAAUGGCAGCUGCUGCAGCCGCGCAGGCCGCUGCUGUCGCGGAAUCCCUGAGGGGCACUGGGGGAGGCGCGGCUGCUGCUGCUGCGGCGGCCGGGGACGCUGCUGCUGCCGCUGCUGCGGCAGCUGCUGCGAUUGCAGGGCAGUUUGGAGGGAUGGGGACUGGGGGAGCUUUCCCUGGUGCUGCUAACUUUGAACAGUUCUCGUUUUCGGCGGAUGGUGCCGGGGUGCAACGCCAGCAGGCGAAAUACGCCGCCGCUGCUGCUGCUGCUGCUGCCGGAGCUACCAGUGCUGGGAAUGGCGCUGCAGGUGCGCAGGAAGCAGCAGCAGCAGGUGGUGAGAGUGAGAGGGGUGGUGGGAAGCAAGCAGGGCGGAGGAACAGGCUGCGGAAGAGGAAGCAGGGGGGAGGGCGAGGGGGCGCAGGGGACAGCAGCGACGAUGACGAGGAGUGGGACUUCCGUAUGGAUGCAGACAGUGAUGAUGAUGAUGCUGGUCGUGGUGGUGCUGGUGGUGGGGGAGGAAACAGGGACCCCUUGCAGGGGGGUUACGAGGGGUGGCCGGCCGGGACGGGGCAGGCACAGGGAGAGGGCGGAGGAGUUGGGGAGGAUGAGGAGAUGGUGGGGGGUGGUAUGAGGCGGUCGGCGCGCAGCAGGAAGCCGGUGGUGUACCACCUGGGGGAUGACAACGACGAUGAUGACGUCAUGGAGGUCACCGAGGCUGAGGCGGGGAUGAAAGGGGUCAAUGGGACGGGCGCAGGGAGCGGCGGUCAGCCCAGGAGACCCAGGGAUGAUCAAAAUGCAUUUGUGGGGGGUGAUGUGAGCAAGGGCGCUGGGGUUGAUGGUAGACCUGGGCUGGCUGGAGACGCCUCAGGGAGGGUGCAAGGAGAGGGGAAUUCCACGGAUGUGCCUAUGGAGGGCAAGCCAGGGGUUCCAAGCCAUGCAGCAGGGAAGGAAGAGGGGAGGAGUGGGGAGGUGGUGGAGAUCAUCUCGUCUGAUGAAGAGGAAGAGGAGAGCGAGGAGGAAGAAGCGGAGGAUGUGGAGGAAGCAAUGCGCUUCUCCGUGUGGACUCUCUACGAUGACUCUGACGGCUUCCCCCGCUUCCUCGGCGCCAUCCGCCAAGUGUCCCACGCGCCCUUCUCCUGCACCAUAGUCUGGCUCGAGCCCGCAGCUCUUUCCAAAAAGCGCACAGCUGCCUCCGCCGCCCUCACUCAGACCGAGGCUGCAGCUGCUCUGGCCGACCCAGCAGAAAGAACAGAGCCCAGCAUUGGGUAUUUCAAAUUCGGCAAACCCACAACGCUCGACUCUGUUAACACCUUCUCCUUCCGGAUCUCCAAGCUGGCUUCCCCAAACGCGCGUACGGCUACGGUUUUGCCGGAGAUAGGGCAGGUGUGGGCGCUGUAUGCGGAGAGGUCGUUUGACAGGCGGAGGUACUACCUGGUGGAGGUGAUACCUGCUGAGUCGUCCAUACCGCUGCCGAGUGACCCUGCAGCAGCGUUGGCAGCAGCAGCAGGAGUGCAGGGGGUUACAGCAAUGGGGUGGAGGGCUGUGUGGUUCCUGGAGAGGGUCCCUGCAUUCAUGGCUCCGAUCAACACUCCGUCGAACAUGGCGAUUGUUCCAUGCACCACAAGCCCGAAGAACAAGUUCGGGAGGGGCUUCAGGGAGUACGACGAGGAAAACGAGAGGAACACGACGGUCGAGAACGUCUACCACAUUAACCAUUCCAAGCAGACCCUGGGAUUCGUGCUCGCAAUGAAGGAUCGGCAUCUGAAGCUGGACAAGGCCGAGAUGAGCGUGUGGGAAGCGGCGGAGCUGCUGAACGAGCUCGUGGACGACAGCGAUCCCGAUUUGGAUAUGGCGCAGAUCGAGCAUGCACUACAGGCAGCGGAGGCGAUCAGGAGGGACCACCCGAGCGAGGAAGAAGACUGGUACCCACUCGUUGGGUUCCUUCACGAUAUGGGAAAGGUUCUCCUGCAUCCAAAGUUCGGCAGCGAACCCCAGUGGGCAGUUGUUGGUGAUACGUUUCCUGUUGGCUGUCGGUUUAGCAGCAAGGUCGUCCACUCAAAGUUCUUCAACAGCAACCCAGACUCGUCGGUGGAAGACCUGAGUACAGAGUGUGGUAUUUAUGAGGAAGGAUGCGGUAUGGACAAGGUCCACAUAUCCUGGGGCCAUGACGAGUAUAUGUAUCAAGUCCUUGUCCAAAACGGUUGCAGUAUUCCACCCCAAGGCCUCUACAUUAUCCGCUACCACUCAUUCUAUGCUCUGCACAGGGAUGAGGAGUACCAAUACCUGAUGGACGACUUUGAUCGGGAGAUGCUUCCAUGGCUCAAAGACUUCAACAAGUACGACCUGUACAGCAAGAGUGGACAGCGCUUGAACGUGGAGGAGCUGAAGCCGCACUAUCAAAGGCUCAUUGCCAAGUACAUCCCCAAGGCGACUCUCAAGUGGUGA